CACUUAUUCCAGCUUCCCCAACAAUUGUAAUCCUUUCAUCCUGUUGGUCUCAUCUAUUGACCACUCUCCUACACAUGAUCUUCUGAGUAGGGCCUCAUCUUCACGGUGCGCCAGUUCGCUCUAUGGUUCAGUUCGAAUACUUUAUAAGCCAUCUUUAUCCGCUUUAGGCUUCGCCCGUUUAUUCUAGACCGACACACCUGAGCUGAUUGUCCCCUUUUCCCUCCGGAAGCGCCCAAUAUGCGGCUCGACAAACGGUUAACGAUAUCUACUCUUCUCCUGACAGCUCCUUCAUUAUCCGCCGCUUUUUACCUUCCUGGUGUAGCACCCACUUCAUACGAUGAAGGCCAAGCUGUGCCGCUCUACGUCAACCAUCUUACCCCGGGGCUAGCGCAACAAGAUGAACAGCUGCAUUCCGUCUUCGCUUACGACUACUAUCAUACCGCAUUCCACUUUUGUCGUCCGGCAGAUGGACCGAAAGAUGUUCGCGAGUCAUUGGGUAGCAUUCUUUUCGGUGAUCGAAUCCAGACAUCGCCAUUUGAGUUGUUCAUGGGCAAGAAUGAAUCAUGCAAGGCUGUUUGUGGAGAAGUCAAGUUCGAUUCGCGAAGCGCCAAAUUUGUCAACAGAAGGAUAGCUCAGGGCUAUAAUAUCAACUGGUUGGUGGAUGGGCUCCCCGGUGCUCAGUUGAAUCUGGACGCAGUGACCCAGUCCAAGUUCUACAGUCCAGGUUUCGCGCUCGGCACUCUGAAUGAUGAUGGGCAGGCAAUGCUGAACAACCACUAUGAUAUCGUCAUUGACUAUCAUCGCGUAGGGUUCGGCAGCAAGGACAAGUACCGGGUUGUCGGUGUGCUCGUUCAACCGGCGUCCCGGCGUGAUUCCAGAGUCCUUGAACACGGAACAGUGGAGUGCGGCGCAGACGACGCCGCUGUAAUUCUGAGCGAAGAUGGCGAGACUCCAGUCACUUGGACGUAUGGCGUGUAUUGGCGCGAAUCGCCCACUCCUUGGGCUACUCGCUGGGAUAAGUACUUGCAUGUUUACGAUCCGAAGAUCCAUUGGUUUUCACUCAUCAACUCUGCCGUGUUUGUAGUUUUCUUGGUCGGUAUGGUGAGUAUGAUCCUUCUGAGGGCUCUCAAAAAAGACAUCGCUCGUUACAACCGCCUGGACAUGAUCAAUCUCGAAGAUUUGGAUGGCACGUCAGCUGCCAUUGAGGACGGAAUUCAAGAGGAUUCUGGCUGGAAGCUGGUUCAUGGCGAUGUAUUCCGAUGCCCCAGGUCACCUUUGCUCCUGAGUGUGCUUGUCGGCAACGGGGCUCAACUUUUCAUGAUGACUGGUGUGACAGUUGUCUUCGCGCUUUUCGGUCUUCUCUCGCCAGCAAACCGCGGUUUCUUGGCCACUGCCAUCCUCCUCAUUUACACCCUUUUUGGCUUCAUCGGAGGCUAUGUCUCGGCUCGCGUAUACAAGUCAUUCGGCGGCGAGGCUUGGAAGCGCAACAUCAUCCUGACUCCGGUUUUGAUUCCUGGGCUUAUCUUUGGUACCUUCUUCCUGCUGAACCUGUUUGUCUGGGCCAAGGGUUCUAGUGGAGCCGUACCUUUCACAACCAUGCUUGCCCUGGUCCUCAUUUGGUUCGUCAUCAGUGUGCCAUUAAGUGUGGCAGGCAGCUGGCUUGGUUUCAAGCAACGAGCAAUCGAAGGUCCAACGAAGACCAACCAAAUUCCGAGACAAGUUCCUCCCAUGACUGGAAGCCUUCGGACAAUUCCUUCUUUGCUACUUACGGGCAUUUUGCCUUUUGGAGCUAUCUUUGUGGAGCUGUACUUCAUCAUGACUUCUUUGUGGACGAACAAGAUUUACUACAUGUUCGGAUUCCUCUUCCUCUGUUAUGGACUCAUGAUCAUGACCACUGCGGCCACCACGGUCCUGUUGGUUUACUUUUUGUUGUGCGCUGAAAACUACCGGUGGCAUUGGAGGGCGUUCGCUGGAGCCGGAAUGACGGGCUUCUAUGUUUUCAUCAAUGCCUUUAUUUUCUGGAUCACUCGAGUGAGCUUCGGUGGACUCACAGGGGCAGUCCUCUAUGUGGGUUAUUCUGCCUUGAUCGGUUUCCUGGUCUUCAUAUUAACAGGUUCGAUUGGAUUCUUCGCCAGCUGGGCGUUUGUACAACGCAUCUACGGCUCGAUCAAGGUGGACUAAACUUCGUACAUUAUUUAUGCCAUUCGAAGUCAUAAUUAGCAGGUAGUCCGCGCGUCCAAUUGAUCAAUCAGCACAACUUGCAUUUGCUCUCGGUCUUCGGACGGGAGAUCCCGUUGCCGAACGGUUGAAUACACGUACGAUGGAACGGUCCAGACGUGAUGAUCGGACUUCAAAGUAUAAAAAGCCUGUCUGAUGAAUACGCUUACUUCUGGUAUCUUCGUGCUUCCCUGGUUCUUACACAUCCAUAUUCCGCUAGUAUCAUGUUCUUUUAAGCAGAUGACGUCAGCCGGGACAUUGUACAUAUCUUUGGGUCAGCUUCCAGCUACUUAGUCACCGAGGCAAUGGCGGAGGAACGACAACGGGGCGUUUGGUGCGAUUAUUGAUUUGACUCGAGAUGAGCAGGUGAUGUACGAUAACGAAAUGUAGAUAUAUAUUAUAGACUGUUCAAGGCGCACAGGGUCUGAGCUUGGAGGGGAUUCUUCUCCGCAUCACG